AUGAGGAAAUGGAUAGUGAGUCAGCUAGAUGUGAAGUCUGCUUUCCUCAAUGGUCCAUUAGAAGAAGAAGUAUACACAAGGCAGCCACCUGGCUAUGAGAAGAUAAGCAUGGAAGAUAAGAAGCAAAAGUUUUUGAAAUGCACCACUGAACAUGGAGUGUACUUGAAGGACUGUGGAGUAACUGGUGUAGUGAUGUUAUGCUUGUAUGUGGAUGAUCUUCUUGUCACUAGAGAUAGCAAACAAGAGAUUUACAUGUUUAAGAAGGAAAUGAUGGAUGAGUUUGAAAUGUCUGAUAUAGGUAGAAUAGCUUAUUUCCUAGGUAUGGAAUUUGUGACAACUAAGAGAGGCAUAUUCCUUCACCAAAAGAAAUAUGCAACUGAUAUAUUGAAAAGGUUCAAUAUGCUUGAUUGCAAUUCUGCUACUACUCCUUGUGAACCAGGAAUAAAGUUGUCUACUAGUGAAGACACAAAUUUGGUUGAUUCAACACUAUAUAGGCAACUCAUUGGCUCAUUAAGAUAUCUGUGUAAUUCUAGGCCAGAUAUUACCUAUGGAGUUGGCUUGGUUAGUAGAUUCAUGAAGAAACCAUGCAAGGAUCAUCUACUUGCAGCUAAGAGAAUUCUUAGAUAUGUGAAGGGCACACUAGAAUAUGGAAUUUUAUUUCCUGCAGCAAAAGAAAAUUCUGAGAUAGAAAUUGUUGGCUACACAGAUGCAGAUUGGAGUGGAGAUGUUGGUGAUAGAAAGAGCACAUCCGGGUACAUGUUCAUGCUUGGAAAUGCUCCUAUAUCAUGGUGUUCAAAGAAACAAGAUGUGGUGGCAUUAUCUAGUUGUGAAGUUGAGUAUAUCUCAGCUGCUUUUGGUGCAAGCCAAGCCCUCUGGCUAGGAAUGUUACUGGAAGAGCUUAACAUCAAGUGCAGUAAUGUAAUGAAGCUCAGAAUUGAUAACAAAUCAGCCAUAGACCUUGCUAAGCAUCCAAUAGCUCAUGGACGCAGUAAGCAUAUAGAGGUAAAAUAUCAUUUUCUUCGUGACCAAGUUAACAAGAACAAACUAGCACUUGAGUAUUGCAGAUCUGAGGAGCAGUGUGCAGACAUGUUAACCAAAGCUUUGAAGCCUAAGAGACUUGAAGAAAUGAAGAACAAAAUUGGGAUGCACAAAUUGACAUAUUUGAAUUAA